AGACAGCUGAGUCACACAUACAUUUAGACCCAGAUAAAUAGAUACUGAGCGAAAAUAGCCGCUACUGCCGACAAACUAUCGCGCUGAACGCACUGAACUGUAACCUCAACUGCCUUUGACAUCGCGUCGAAAGAUGCUGACGAUAACACUGAAGACCCUCCAACAGCAGACGUUUAAAAUAGAGAUAGACCCAGAAUUGACGGUGAAAUUCCUGAAAGAGAAAAUUGAGGAGGACAGAGGCAAAGAUGCAUUCCCUGCAGCGGGGCAGAAACUCAUCUAUGCAGGAAAAAUCCUGAAUGAUGACACCCCACUCAGAGAGUACAAGAUUGAUGAGAAAAACUUUGUAGUUGUCAUGGUUACAAAGCCUAAACCAUCUACUCCACCACAAGCGGCCCCUCAGCCCACUCCCCAUUCAGCUGCAGCCCCAACACCAUCUUCAACUUUAGCUCCUGCACCGGUCCCAGCACCAGCCUCUGCCUCAUCACAAGAGUCCUCCACAGCGACACAUACAGUACCUGCACCCACACCUGCCCCACAGUCAGUGCCUCCCUCUGAAGCUCCGCCCCCAGCCCCAGAAAGCACCCCGCUGGCUUCUCAAGAGGCGGCGGCUGCUCUGGACUCAAAUACAAACUCAGCCUCAGCCCCGGCCCCAGCUUCAGCCCCUGCUUCGACCCCUACUUCGACCCCCGCCCCUGAGGCCACUCAGACGGCUGCAGCCGAAUGCCCCGCCCCUGCUGCUGCUCCAGAGGAGAAGCCGAGGGAAGAACCAGAGAGUCAACCAUCUGCCACUGCCCCAGUGCACUCCUCUGCUUCCAGCCUCGUUGAUGAACUCGGUCUCCUUGAAGAAGCAGCAUCAAUACUAGUGACAGGUCAGGCCUAUGAGAAUCUUGUUUCAGAGAUCAUGUCUAUGGGAUAUGAGCGGGAGCAGGUGGUCGCUGCACUCAGAGCCAGUUACAACAACCCGGACAGAGCAGUCGAAUAUCUACUCAUGGGUAUUCCAGCAGAGGCCACUGACCUGCUGCCUCAGGAGCCGGUCAGACACAGUGCUCCAGCCAACCAGCCCCCAGCUCUGGCUCCAGCUCCUGCCCCUGCGUCUGCCUCUGCUCCUUCUCCGGCCCCGACCCCAGCCCCAGCCCCAGCCCCAGCCCCUGCCCCGACCCCGGCUCCAGCUACACAGCAACCACAGCAGCCCCCAGCAGCCUCUACCACAGGACCGGUGUCUGGCAGCCAGCCUCCCUCAGCUGGUGGAGGCUCCAUCUCUACAGGGAACCCUCUGGAGUUCUUAAGGAACCAGCCUCAGUUCCAGCAGAUGAGACAGAUCAUCCAGCAGAACCCAGCGCUCCUGCCUGCUCUGCUGCAGCAGCUGGGCAGAGACAACCCACAGCUGCUGCAGCAAAUCACACAGCACCAGGAGCGUUUUGUCCAGAUGCUGAAUGAGCCUCGUGGUGGAGAAGCAGGAGGGGAUGGAGCCGAGGCCCAGGGGUCACCUCAUACAAACUACAUCCAGGUUACCCCCCAGGAAAAGGAGGCCAUUGAGAGGUUAAAAGCACUGGGUUUCCCUGAAGGCUUAGUCAUCCAGGCUUACUUUGCCUGUGAGAAGAAUGAAAACCUGGCUGCCAACUUCCUGCUACAGCAAUCAUGGGAUGACGAGUAACCCAUCAUCACCUGACAGCUCACUGUCAACGGACGGCUGACACUGACACACAAGGUCCGUCUGGAAAGGACAGGGACAGAAGAGGAGGAGGACUAUGAUUUUUUUUCUCACCAUGUGACAUAUAAUGAUGGUGAUGGUGAUGGCGAUGACUUGCUGUUCAAAGUUAGCUGUGCUGCCCAUUCAGCUGUGACGAUCAUUACAGGAACUCGCACUGAGCUGUGCCUCACUGCUGCAUCAUUGCUGCUGUUGCCUGUGCCCUGUGAGAGAAGUUAACACCAGGAAACACAACAGUCUGCAUCACCUCCACAAUCCUACAGACUCCAUUUAAACAGGUUUACAGACUACUCACAAGAAACAUGCACUGAACACAAGGUAUUUAUAAAACACACAGUCUAUUGGUAGUCUGUAUAUACAGGAAAAAAAAUAAUCUGGACUUGACAUUGUGUUGCAAACUAAUGACUACACUGUCUGAGAGCUGGCACGUAUUUUUCAAAUCCAUGUUCACAAAGGAUUUUAUCUCAAAAUCACAAGUCCUCUGAUGAUCCAAUCAAUCAGUGCACAUUAUGACUAGGUUUGUCACAGUAAUUAAAUCAUUUCAACUGACCGUGAUGAUUAUGCAUAAUUAUUAGGAUGGUUUUAAUUCACUCACAAAAACCAAAUGCCGUAUUUCCAUCCCUCUUUUCUCACUAUUUCCCACCAUUUAAUGUUUGACUGGCUCCUUUAAUGAUGUCAUCUCAUUGCGCUGCCUUCAUCUGCUGUGGUUUAACAGCAUUUGAGUAGAGAGUUGGUGCCAUCAGCUGUCCUGAGACACAAAACUUUUUAUGUUUGACACACCACAUCUCAGUGUGCAUCUAUUGACAUUUAGAUCCAAAGCCACACACCACAACACAGCUGGAGUAAUAUAAAAUACAAAAAAACCCACCUACAACUAAACUAUUGACUGCAAUUAUCUAUCUAAUUGUUAAUUACCAACUAAAAUUGAAUUGCACUACUUAUUGUUGAGGAAAAACAUACUGAAAACCAAAUUACAAUACUUAAUACUUACAAUAUUUAUCGAAUAACAAGCAAACCAUAUCUUGUCAGACAGUACUCCUGGGUAGUGGUACCUGUUCCUGGUCAUAAUCAAAAAGGAGUCAUACUUAACCUCCCUGGCAGAAGCAAUUACAUUUACUGAAGGAAGUUAGUGAUUACAAAAUCUACCUUUCUUGUGAGAAGCGAAUACAGUAUAUGAAGACCUACAUUCAUUCUGUUGCUUUACUACAACAUGGGUAAGCAAUGCUUUUGGGAAAAAUCUCAGUGCACCACGAUGACCUAUAAGGAUCUGUCUCUACAUAUUGACAUGCUCUAUUAAUUUUUGGAACCGUGCAGUGUUUUUUUAUUGGUUCUUGCUUGAAUCUGCACCAAAUUUCAUCUACCUAUAAAAUCCCAACAUUGCUCAAACAACCUCAGUCUCCCAUGUAAAUUGAGUGUAACAAAUUAAUGUCCGCUAUGACAUUAUCUACAUCUGUCUUAAUCAAAUAAACCAUGAGUAAAUAUGGGAUGCGACCAGCUCACCACACCAACAGUCAUCAGACAGCAGCAUCUGUGAGUUCAUAAUAAUUCCCUUAUGAACUUUCCAAUGUUACUAUACAGAGAAAAUGCUGUUUUCAGUCAAGUCAACAUCAAACUAGCUGAUGAAAAGAAACGCAAUAAUGUAAUGUUAUGUAAUUAAAAUAGUUCCGCUGUUUAUUGCAUUUUUAAUGGAGUAAUCCGUAACCUGUUACAUCACAAAAGGAAGGUGCACAGAGAUCAGAAUAAUCCAAUAACAUCCAAUAAAUGCACAUUUAAUAUUGAGGAAUGUGGAGUGAUGAAGACUUAAGUAAAAUUUAGUCAAGUCAAAACGGAUACUUCAGAGUUUGGAGGUACUUUCAGCAUUAAGAUAUUUUGUGAAUUUGGCUUAAAGUCAGAUCAUUUCAAUUCUUCUACUUCUUUAACCCCAAGAAAAUUCCCAAACACUGAUCUGAUUGAGCACAAAUGUCUCCACUGUUCAUAUAUGGCUUCUGUCAUUAAUACCUCAGGCUACGUUCACACUGCAGGCCUUUAGCUUUACCUUUUUCCUGUUCACACUCUUUUUGUAUCAGAUUAAACUGUGGUCUGGUGCCACAAUUGCAAAGACAUUACAGGCAGAACGCUGUCAUACAGAAGUAACAUGGAGGCCCUGAAGUCAGUGUUAAAGGUUUUCUCAUCACAACGUCUUUCAUGGUUAUAAUCACAGUGACUCCCACCAGAGCUGUUACAGAUGUGAGGUCACAUUGCAUAAAAUCAGAUCACAUGUGGAAUUACCUGAAAUCAAAUUUUAAAGAUCAGUUAAAAAAGCAGGUCUGAAUCAUGUAUUACAACAAAAGCUGAUUUGAGGCCCGCAGUCUGAACGCAGCCUUAAAGUCAGUGUUUGGAACUUGUACAAAGGGUCAACUGAGUACCUGAAAUUGGAAUUAGAGCCCAUUCUUACCAGAAGACGAAAGGGGAAAUGUUACAAGUGAUAGAACAUCUUAUACCAAGCGAAACAUUAGAAAUGACCCAAUAAUACAAUCCAUAAGACACUAAGAGACACUUUUUUUAUAUAAUUUUUUUUUACACAUAAAAUAUAUUUGUGGGAUUUACAAUGAAUUUUGUUGAGUUUAAAGGACAAAUCCUUGAUACUUUCUAUUAUCCUUUAUGUCACUUAUUUUGAUUGUUGAUUUUUCCUUUUUUUUUUUUUUCUCUCAUGUAAAAUUCUAUUCAUCAAAGAUCUGACUGUAUUGUAGAAUUUUAACUGGGUAUUAAAUCUUUACACCCUGAAUUUGUGUUAUCAAAAGUAAAAAAUGUGAGUUUGUAUCUCAAUUUCAACACAUCUAUAAGUGUCAGAUGUUUAUUUAGUAUUAAAUGUUUAAAUUAUAGAUUUUGUUUCCUCUUCAUCUCCAUUUCAUUCUGGCAGGAAUGGGCUUAAAUAAACACAAAAUUACAAGUUUAGUACAAUCGGCUUUAAGUUACUUUGCACUCACGUUGUCCGGUGAAUAACUGUUCACAGUAUAUUAUGAAGCCAGUGUGUGUGUUGUGUUUUGCGUGUGUGGAAGAGGUAGGAACACACUGGAUGCAGCACUCAGACUGUUUCAGACAUCACUGCAGUCUGCAGUGAUGUCAGAGGUGCAGAGGUGACAAGGAUAUUUAACAGAAAGCUUUUGCAGGUUGAUUAUGAAGUGCCACAUUGUGCGCUUUGAGAGCUAAACAUAAUUUUUUUCAAGGCAAACUGUGUAUGUAUGUGUGUUGUUGUUUUUUUUUUUCAAUGUUUGUUGAGCUUCAUAGAUCAAACUGUUCCACUCCCUACCUUCAGACAAUCUGUUUUCAGUUUGUCUCAUAUCACAUGUUCUAUGCAUUUUAAAGCUGUUAAGGUUCGAGCCAGUGAUGCUCAUUCAUGCCUUAUGGGUUGUUAGACAUUUAAUUUGCAAAUGGUGUUGUAAUUUACAAAGUAGUUGAUGUUUCACUGGGGAGCAUCUUAGGAUCGGUGAGUAGUUUUUGACUUUUAAUUACUUGGCCAUUAUUUUCAAAGUCGACUAAAGGGAAUUUGAAUAAGUGCUACAAGCCAAAACAAAUUGUAUUUUUUCGGCAUGUGCUUUGCUCUUUCUCCUCUCUUUUUUCUUUAUUGUGUUUCAACUGGAAAUAACUGGAAGUUUUGUAUUGUAUUGUAAAUGGGUUACACAAACUUUGGAGAAAAAGGCACUUUACUGUGACAAAAUGCUGCUCUUUAGCUGUGAGGGUCCGUUGGUUGCAUGAGAUUGUUAUGAAGAGUUAUUUAUAGCAUGGCAGUGGGAGAAGAAUGAAGAAACCAUCAGUGUGACAUUGUUCUGACACCAAUUUAUUUGUAGUUUCAUUUUAUUUGUUUUGUUCCAUUUUUGGGUUUAUAAAAAAAUACUUACAACCUUUAAAGACAUCAGUUGAGGUUGUGCCGAAUAGUUGUGAAAAACUUUUGUUUCAGCAUUGUGUAAAAUAAAUGGCUUUUACAAA